CCCCCAAAAAAACAGUUACGAAAUAUUGCCCUGAUGUGUCAAGCACGCGGAAAGAAUCUGCUAAAAUUUCACACUGUAGAAAAACGUCUCCCGGUCAUGGGUCUGUUGCUAACUUGCGGCUAAGUCCGAGUGUAAAUAUGCGGCUAUAUAUAUAAAACACUGAAUUAGCAUAUGUUUUCUUACGGCUUAAAAUACCACUACGGCUUAUCUCUGACUCUUUUAUAACGUUUCUGCCCCAUUCACGGCUGCAGCAGGGUUAUAGUUGUAACAUCCCGUGUGGAGGUAAAUCUAUCACAUGAUUGCUGAGGUCUCUCUGUGCUCCUCGUCUCCUCCUGAGCAGAAGGCAAGGCAGCAGCAGGAGCCGCAGCAGCAGCAGGGGCUUCAUGUAAACACGCCGCGCACAGGGCUUUGUUUCACACACACUAGUCAUGCCAUGGAUAUUUUGUGGCAAUACCAGUUCAGGAUCAUUUUACUCGGGGAUUCGACGGUGGGGAAGUCGUCGUUGCUGAAGCGCUUCACGGACGGGAUUUACAGCGAUGUGGCGGAUCCUACGGUCGGGGUAGAUUUUUAUGCCCGCUCGCUUGAUAUCGAGCCCGGCGUGAAAAUUAAGCUCCAGCUCUGGGACACGGCUGGUCAGGAACGAUUCAGGUCCAUCACAACAUCAUACUACCGUAACUCUGUGGGCGGGCUACUAGUCUUUGAUCUCACCAAUCGCAAGACCUUUGACCAUGUGAGGGAGUGGCACAAGGAGGUGAGCGAGCACAUCCUGCCUCACCACAUGGUCUACAUCCUCAUCGGCCAUAAGAGUGACCUCAACAAGGACCGCAAGGUGAGUCGGGACGAGGCGGAGCAGCUGGCGGCCGAGAUGGGCAUCCGCUACGUGGAGACGUCGGCCAAGUGCAACAGCAAUGUGGACCGGGCCUUCGAGCUGCUGACCAGAGACAUCUACGAGCUGAUGAAGAUGGGGGAGAUCGCCACCCGCGAUGGCUGGGACGGGGUGAAGAGUGGCCUCACAGCCAAGGUCCUCUACCCGGCCGAGGACGAAGAGGAACUUGCUACCGCAACCGCUGAAAAGGGCUGCCACUGCUGACUCAGAACUCUCUGUCCAAACACUGUCCCGUCACACCAAGAGCUCACCUCGUCUCACAGCUGUCCAUUGAAACCAAGUCACUCAGGCUCAGCACCCUGUGAUAUCACCAUCCAUCACUCCCUCACCUUGUGCUUGUGCCCCCUCUGUGUGUGGGUUCUUCCGACAACUGGGAUUCUUUUCUAACAGGGGGCUAUUGUACAUCCUGAUGUGUAUCUUAUAGGCAAGUUGUAUCUCUAUAUUCAUGUGGUGUAGCAUGAGCCAACCUGUGUCGGGCCUUGUUAGGCUCUGAAAACACAGAGUGGAGGUGAUCAGGUGUUGGGGUUUAGAGUUCAGCCGAUACUCCUUUUCACAGCCCUGGAGUUAAUGAACUUCUGAGUAUACUGACGGUCCAGAUAAAUCCAUGGACUGUGACUUACUGGUCUGGCAUUUGUUGUGGGUUUCUACCUGUCAAAGUGUGUGUGAUUCUUUGCCUGAAAUCUUUUGUGACUGCAAGCUUGUAAAUAAUAGUGAAAUCUAUAGAGAUGAAAGCUUAAAGGUCACUGAAAGCUCUUUAAUUGAUAGUGUCAACAGACACAGUGCACUCUUCAAUAAGUGUCACCAUAUUAAAUCAAUGUGCUCCUCCUGCUACUGUAAGCUGUGUGUGCACUUAUGCCAAACUGACUGAAACCUUUCUGUGAAUAGAUGAGUAAUGUUUUUGUAAAAAAUAUAAAGAUUGUUUCUAGUUUAGGUGUAUACAUAAAGUUAGGCCACUGUAAUUAGGGUAGGUGGUCCUAUUUAGGUAUUUGUAUCAUAGCAUCAACAGGAGCAAGACAAGUGCGUCACCUCUCAGUCAUCAGACCUUCUAAUGAUUUUCUCAGCAGUAGAUCAGACAGAGAUGUGUUUGAUUAAGAACAAAAGGGAGUUUGAAUUUCACCUGCAGUCGGCAACAGCUUAGACAAACCGCUGUUUCUUUUGUUCAAAGCUCAAUUCACAAAAAUAAUGUUCCAUUCAGCUCUCAGCAGAUGAUGGAUGCUAACACAUUAAAUCCAAUGGUGUGGAAAUAUGUGCUGCUUCUGUGGGCCUAUAAAUUCUGCUGUGUUCCAGAGUAGGUAGUAGCCUGGAGAAAAACCAGGCUUCAAGUAGAAAACCUGGGCAAGAUGGUAAAUUAGAAUUUCUUUCACCGUGGUUAUUACAGUCCUUCAAACCCACUACAGGUCAGUUUAUC